AUGCACGGUAGCGGAGCUGAAAUAGCGAGGACACAGGAAACAGUGAAGGCGGACAUCUCUGCAGAUCAAGGUAGGAACCUGGAGCUGGGGGGAGCAGUGUUGCGUUCAGAGUCUCCACUUCUAUUUACUGUGUGGACCGGUUCCUGUAAGCUCAAAAGCACAGAUGUGCCAGUCACUUUGGCCAGGACCUUCCCCGGACCCCAAACCCCUGCAUAUCUCACGAAGUGUAAGACUAGAGAAAAAGCCCGAGUGCCUCCUUCUCUUCAAUGA